ACGUUUGAUUAAGAAUGAUCAACGAUUACGAAAUAUAUAAAAGUAACAAUUUCGUCAUGUAAUUCUGCAUUCCAAUCUAAGAAAGGUGAAAUGGCAUAUUUAAAAUAUUCCUUGGUUGUCUUAGUCUUGCUUCUUGCUGUAUCAGCCCAUUGUUUACCAUGUGGAGAUCCCUGUGCUACUCUUUUGGACCCAUGUGGGCUACCCCCAAUCAACAUUCAAUUGACACCAUUACUUACCAAACUUGGACUUUUAGCUAAAUUAAAGGACAAACUUUGCGCAAAGUUUUGCGGAGGCGGAUGCGGAGGGGGAUGCGGAUGUGGAGGCGGACUCGGACUGAAUGGGUGCGGACUAGGCCUCAAUCCCUGCGGUUUGCCUAAAUCGGGAUGUGGAUUAUUGGGCCCAUUACUUGACAAACUUUUCUAAUAAAACACUACAUAAAUAAACUUUUAUUUGUA